AUGAUCCGGAUCACCAUCAACAUAUCAUUAAGACUUCAGUCCAAACAGCUAACGGUCUCUCCAGGCAACCCCUCUAAAGCCCUAUGGGAUUUUAGAUGGCGCACUGUGGUAUUGCAUAAGGAGGCAGCUGAUGGCACGGGAGAGGACACGCUGCUCCACAAAAUCAGUUACCACGGCCUCUACUGUGAGGAGGAAUAUAACGAGUGCCUCUCUGCCCCUUGCCUGAACGCCGCCACCUGCAGGGACCUCGUUAAUGGCUAUGAGUGCGUGUGCCUGGCGGAAUACAAAGGAAUACACUGUGAGUCGUACAAGGACCCCUGCGCUAACAUCAGCUGUCUGAACGGAGGCACCUGUGACGGCGAGGGCCUAAAUAGCACCUGUGUUUGUACCCCUGGGUUUACAGGUGACGAGUGUGACAUCGACAUCAACGAAUGUGACAGUACCCCAUGCCAUCACGCUGGUACCUGCCUGGACCAGCCCAAUGGUUACACCUGCCACUGCCCUCACGGCUGGGUGGGUACAAACUGCGAGAUCCACCUCCAGUGGAAGUCGGGUCACAUGGCGGAGAGUCUCACCAACAUGCCCCGGCACUCCCUGUACAUCAUCAUCGGGGCCCUCUGCGUCGCCUUCAUCCUGAUGCUGAUCAUCCUCAUUGUGGGCAUUUGCCGCAUCAGCCGCAUCGAGUACCAGGGCUCUUCCAGGCCAGCCUACGAGGAGUUCUAUAACUGUCGCAGCAUCGACAGCGAGUUCAGCAACGCCAUCGCCUCCAUCCGGCAUGCCAGGUUUGGAAAGAAAUCCCGGCCUGCGAUGUACGACGUGACCCCCAUCGCCUAUGAGGACUACAGCCCCGAUGACAAACCCCUGGUCACGCUGAUUAAAACAAAAGAUUUGUAAUCUUUUUGGGGGGAUUAUUUUUCAAAAAGAUGGGAUACUACCCUCAUUUAAAUAUUUUUAAGAAAAUAAAAAGCUUAAGAAAUUUGAAAUGGUAGCUGCUCAAGAGUUUUCGGUAGAAUAUCGAAGAACUAAUUUUCUGCAGCUUUUAGUUUGGAAAAAAUAUUUUAAAAAAAACAAAAUUUGUGAAAUCCAUAGACUACGUUUUAAUGUACUUUCAGCUCUUUAAACUGUAUGCUUCGACUAGUGUGUGCUCUUCCCAUGGUAGAUACCGUCAUGAGAUACAGUUGACUUUCUGUGGCUGUUACAGAGGCUAAGUCUAAUCGAGAAGUUUCUAUGUGACGUGUGAGUGCCGGCUUUCUGAGUAGUUAGAAAACAUAUGUAGAGUAUGACCCAUAUAACAGUAUACCCGUUAACCUAAAACGAAGUCUGAGAUGUUUAUUUCGUGAAUAAGAAACUAGUUGCAUUUAUUAUUCCUAACCCGAAUGAAAUUAGCCUUUGCCUUAUUCUGUGCAUGGGUAAGUAACUUAUUUCUGCACUGUUUCAUUGAACCUUGCAGAAAUGUUCUUUUGAGUUCGUUUUUGUCAUUUCCAUAACAGUCGUCAAGCCAGGCCUUGAAAUCAUGCAGCAAAAGGGCCUCGUGAGGCAAAUUAUGAUCACAUUGAAUCUAUAUUUCCUUUUAAAAGUCAAGGGUUUUAUACCGUGAGUAAAUUAAAUUUACGUUGGAGUUGUUUGUUGCUAAGAGGUAGUCAAUAUAAGAGAGUACUAUUUCCUUCUGUAGUGAGUAUUUCUCAUAGUGCAUCUUUAUUUAUAUCCAGGACAUGUUUGUGGCUGUAUUGGAUUGAUAUGUGCUUCUUCUGAUUCUUGCUAAUUUCACAGAAUAUUGAAUAAAUGUUACCAAGUCCAGGA